GGCUGGCGCCCCCCCCCCCCCCAUGCAGCACCCGAAGCCCUUCUACACUCCUGCAGCCCCCCAAGAAGGUUUCAGCCCUCGGGGCCUGGAUGGCACCGAGGGGCCAGGCAGCCAGCCCACUCCUGCCUGCACAGAGCCUCUCCCCACUGUGGGUUCCUCCAACUUGUAUCACCCCCCAAACCUGGAGAAAGAGGUGUUUCCAGGCCCCCCAGCAGGUUUCCAGAUGGCGCCCUGCGGCUGCUUCUUUGACCCCCGCAUUUACCGAAUCGAGUGGGCCACCACCGGCUUUGGCCAGGCGUCCCUGUACAAGCUGGCAGCAGCGGGUGGUGGGGUGCCAGCGGGGGGCCCCAAUUCACCCAGCACCUACCUCCUAGAGUCCCAGCACUACCUCAAGGCCCCGGUGCCGCCUCCACCGUACCCCCAUUUCCAGCCAGUGCCCGGGGGCCCCCAGUACCUCCUGCCCUACUUCCCCCCUGAGGGGCCCGGGCCUGAGGCCCUGGGCUUUAUGGGGGAUGGGGGAGCCCCCGCCUUCGUGGAGCUGCCCCCGCCCCUGCUCAAGGAAGGCCUGGUGCCCCUGCCACCGCCGCUGCCCUCCCAGGAGAACCAGCUGCCGCCUGUCGUCAUCGCGCUGCCUGCGGAGGCCGCGCGGCCCCCCGGGGGCUAUGGCCGCCUCAAGGGUCGCCUGAGCCAGCUCCACGUGCCCGGGGAGCCCCCAGCCUUCCCUGCGAAGGAGCUGCAGGGCAGUGGCCCUGGGCCGGGCCUGCUGUACCCCCCAGGCCCUGGGGGGCCCAAGGCAGCCCCGUUGGAGGCGGGAGAGACCAGGUCCCCCGAGGCCGCCAGGGCCUUCGUGCUGCCUGAGAAGGUGCUGCUGGAAGACGCCAUGAAGCUCUUCGACUGCCUGCCGGGGGGUGCCGAGCCCGAGGGGCCCCUGCGCAAGGCCCCGGGGCCAGCCCUGCCCGACAGCGGGGGUGGCGGGGAUGACUCCUCCAGCGACAUCCGCUCGCUGCACCUGCCGGAUGAGCUGCUGUCCUUCGACUACAGCGUGCCCGAGAUCCUGGACACUGUGUCCAACGUGGACUACUUUUUCAACUUCAAGGCGCUCGACGAGGAGCCACCACCCUGCCCAGGGCCCCCCGCCAUCACCACUGCGGCCCCUGUGCUUCGGGCCGAGCCCCCCAGCAAGAGAAAGUCUGGUGCCUCAGCCGCCAGAAAGGGCAGACAAGGAGGCCGGAGUAAGCAGGCCACGGGCCUGGCCAGCGCCCAGCCCCCGGGACCCAGGCAGGACCUGGGAGCCACCCCCAUUAAAGCGGAUUUGAUCUCAGCCCAGUGUCUGCUCAGUGGCGAUGGGGGCAGUAGGCCAGGGCGGACGGGGAGGGCUUGCCUCUCACCUGCUGUAGUGCCCAAUGGCCCCAAACCAGGGAGGGAGGCCCUGCAGGACCCCGCGCCUCCUGGUGCUGGACUUCCAGACUGAGCGAGGAGCCCUGGGCUCGGGAUUCUGAACCCCUUCUGUCCGGGCCCUGGAGAGGGAAGCGGGCUUUGCCACCAGACGCCUGCGCUGUGAGGAUCCCUCACUUCGAGUUUGGUGAGGAAAGUCAAGGCUGCCCAGAGACCGGCAGGAACCUGC